UGCGUACUCUUUCAUUGCAAAAUGAAAACGUCAGAUAUAUUUUUGGGAAAGAAACAAACGAUUCACUAUUAAACUAACGAUUUCAAAAAUUCGGAUACUUUUUAUCUUUAAAUGAAAUAUUAUUAAACAAAUUCCGAUCCUUACAGUAUUGACAUUUAAACCUGAAGUUACACAAAUACACUCUAUUGUAAAACGACCUUUUUCAAUACUGGCAAAACCGGUUAAAACUGAUAUCGCGCGAUAACUGUGUGGUUUUUAAGCUAAUGCAUCACAGCCACACUGAAAUACUGUUUUUAUUGGCAAACAAAAAUGUCGCUUAUAAAAAACUUGGUAAAAGAGCCCGAACACAAGCCGAAGAAAAAGAAGAAGGAUGCAGGAUCAGGAGACAGCGAUUCCGAUGGCAAGGACAAACCCCUGCGGCCAUUCGUUAAAACCGCCACAGAUCUGCAGCGGUUAAAGCUGGAGAAGCUCAUGAAGAACCCGGAUAAGCCCGUGAUCAUACCAGAGCAGCGUCGCGAACGGGACUACAUGUCCUCGGUGCCCACCUUUGUCCGGAAUGUUAUGGGAAGCAGUGCAGGAGCGGGCUCCGGCGAGUUCCAUGUGUAUCGUCACCUCCGCCGAAAAGAAUACGCCCGCCAAAAGAACAUUCAGAACCAGAGCUCCCGUGAAGCAGCAGAUGAUGCCUACCAGCAGAAGUUGGUCGACAAUAGACGGGCCGCCGAGGAUAAAACCGCCAAGAAAAGAGCCAAGCGGCAAAAAAAGAAACUCCGGGCCAAAAAGCCCCGGGAACAAAAGAAGCCGGAGGCUAAGGAUGAGCCUGAGUCUAGUGACAGCGAUUCGGAAGGGGAAGAACCUUCAGAAAACGCCGAGGAGAAGCCGGAAACUAAACUCGAUGAGGGGCAAGAGGAGCCCUCUAAGGAUGAGAGCAAGGAAACCACAAAGGUCGAGGAAUCCGACCAAGAACGAGAAGUCAAUAGCGAAGAAUCUACUACAGAAAAGGCAAAUAACGCCAGCAAGCCACUAGACACAGAAACCACUGAAGAUGUGUCUAAAAAUUCUGCGAAUGUGGACCAAGAACCAGAAACUCCGAAAUCGGAAUAACGAUCAGAACUAAUUUCCAUUGAACCCUAUAAAUGCAUAGUAGUUAUUAAUAAAACAAAUUUCAGUUUUA